UGCGAAUCACGACCACGACGUGCGUUUGCGAGCGCGUCCCGUACUUGGACUCGAGAUGCAUUCCUCGCGCGUUCGACGCGGCCGCGACGCUCUGACGCGUCCAGACGCGUCGUCACGUGUGCAUUGGUGUUGUCCAGAUGAGACCACGAAUCCACUAUGGGUCGAGUGCCAGACAUGCCGACAGCGCGGUAGCACGGCUCCACGCCUUUCCUCGACCGCCACCUGAAGAUUCACAGCCCGCAAUGGAGCUGCUCGUGGCGCUCGUGGGCUUCCUGGGCCUUUUGCCCACGGCCCUGGCGUACGGCGCCGUUAGCGAUGCGACCCUCAGAGGCCUUCCUGGGCCGGGUGCCGACUUCGACAUCGACACAGGCGCCCUGCUCGCCCCGAUACUGCGACCGCGGGUGUCGGGCACCGAAGGCAGCAGGGCCGUCCUGCAGCACUUUGUCGACUUCUUCAGAGGUGAGCUGCCCGAAUGGCGCCUGGAGCUGCAGAACUCGUCGUCGACCACGCCCACCUCAAAGGGCCAGCCGGUGCCGUUCGUGAACCUUGUAGCGACACGCGACCCUCCCAAUGCAGGUGUUGGCGACGUCGGGCGCCUGGCGCUGGUUGCGCAUUACGAUAGCAAGCUGGAGCCUGCGGGCUUCAUCGGCGCCAUUGACAGCGCCGCGCCCUGCGCAAUGCUGCUGCAUGCCGCACGCACCGUCGACAAGGCCCUCACCAAGAAGUGGGCGGCCAUGGCUGCUGAAGGCACCGACGACCUCGAAGACAAGAAGGGCGUCCAGAUACUGCUGCUGGACGGCGAGGAGGCUUUCAAGGUCUGGUCGGACACAGACAGCCUGUACGGCUCACGCGCUCUUGCAGAAGAAUGGGAGAACACGUUCAACCCCGCCGCAUCCACGUACAAGACGCCGCUCGACUCCAUCGACCUCUUCGUGCUGCUUGACCUGCUCGGUUCCAGAGGCCCGACCGUGCCCUCGUUCUACAAGACCACGCACUGGGCCUACAAACACAUGGCUCAAAUCGAGCACCGCCUCAGAGAUCUUGGCCUCUUCAAAUCGUCGCCAAACCACCCUCUCAAGAUCGCAAAGCGCAAGAACAAGAAUAAGCGAAAGGAGCCCUUGUUCCUCAACGAGGCCGCCAAAGAAAACGGCGACUUCUACGGCGGUUACAUUGCCGACGACCACCUUCCCUUCCUCGCUCGUGGGGUUGAGGUCCUUCACAUCAUCCCUUCGCCAUUCCCACAUGUCUGGCAUGACAUCACGGACGAUGGCAAGCAUCUCGACAUGGACACGGUCGAAGACUGGGCGAGGCUUGUUACCGCAUUCGCAGCCGAGUGGAUGGACCUCGAGGGUUUCUUUGAUGUGCAAACAAAGCCCACGGCGGAGGUCACUGGGAAAUCGGAAUUGUAAGUAGCAAUAUACCCUAGCAUACGUUGAGAAUUCUAUCAUUAUUUGAUCUUCUUGCA